AAUAAUAUAUUUUAAAUAUAUAAAAGAUGAUAAAUGUAUAAGAUAAAAAUUGAAGCCUUGUAGGCAUACGACCAUUGCCUCAUUUGUACAAACGACAAAGGAAGCCACAAAACGGGAAACCACCCCAUUUCUGCAAAAAAACUUAAUGGAGUGCUUCUUUCUUUCUUUCUCGUUAGGAAGAAUUAGAAAGCAAAAUUUCCCAUUACUCCUCCGUUACCAGUGAUAAUUAUAUUCAUCCCCCUUUUCAAAUCCCUUCAAAACCAUAGAAUCACGCAUCAACAAUCUCUGCCUACAAAUCUCCUGCUCACCAAGAUCUGCUUUACAUUUUCUUCAAAAACUUUGCAGCUCUGUUUGAUCGAUAACUUCUGCAUUAUCACUGCACAAAAACCAAACGAUCCCAACUUAGGGUUUUGGUUUAUACUUUUUGAAUCCUACUACUUCAAACCUCUCGAAACUCUCAGUAAUACAGACAGGUGUACCAUGAAUCAGACAAGAGGAGAGCCGAUGAAUAGUAGUCCUGCAUUUGAUGAAUAUAAGUGCAGGUAUUACAAGGAGUUGACCCUCGGUCUGUUCAAAGUGAAGGUUUCAGAAAAGGUGUAUAAAUGUCCAUAUUGCCCCCAGAGUAGAGAAUACAGUUAUGAUGACCUCUGUAGGCAUGCAACUCGAAUAGCAAGAGAGUCAAAAAGUGCUGGUUUAAAAGAAAAGGGGAAGCAUAUGGGACUUUUGGAGUUUCUAGAGAGGGAUAUCAAGCCUUCUGAAUCAACCUGUAAAAGAAGCAGAGAUCCUCAAUUAGGGUUGGAAACUCUCUUACAAGAAUUGAGCAAAAGAAGUCAAGAACUUAUAAGCAGGACAGAUUCUGAUAUGGCUUUUGUUAUUCAACAGAAUGAAAUCAUCAUUGACAACUUUAACAGAGAUCUUACAAACUUGCUAGAGAAUGCGAACAAGAAAGUCAAAAAGAUUAUCACUGAGCAUGAGCAGAUCAAAAUGAAUGAAUCGGAAACUUUGGAGCAACAGAAAUCAGAUGAUACGAUGAAGAAGUUGGUAGAAGAUCAAAAGAGAGAACUAGAAAAGCUUCACCAGCAAAUCAUGGAGCUUCAGAAUAAAUCCGAGUCCUUUGAAGAAGAAGUGAAAGAAAAAGAUAAGAAAAUUGAGAGCUUAGAAGACGAAUUACAAAAUAUUCGCCAACAAUUAGUUUCUGGUUUGGAAGAUAAUCGCGUUCGUGGAUUUUGUUCUACGAUUAGUGUGAAAAGAAUUGGUGAGCUUGAUGCAAAGCCUUUGAUUGCUUCUGCUAAACGACGAUGUUUAAGUGAAGAGGAUACAGCCAGGUUUAUAUCUUUAUGGGAAGAUCAUCUCAGGGAUCCAAAUUGGCAUCCAUUCAAGGUCAUCGCCAUUGGAGAAGGGGAAUCCAAGGAAAUGAUAGAUGAAGAAGAUGAGAAGAUUGACAUGUUAAAGGCUGAAUGUGAUGAGGAUGUAUAUGAUGCGGUUGUUACAGCCCUAAAAGAGCUGAAUGAGUACAAUCCAAGUGGCAGAUAUCCAUUGGCUGAGCUUUGGAACAAUAAAGAAGAAAGAAGAGCAACACUGAAAGAAGGUGUUGAGUUUAUUCUCAAACGAUGGAGAACAUACAAACACAAGAAUCGAGGUUGAAGAGGAGCACAUUUCAAAACCAGUAAGCUUAAUGUCUUGAUAUGGAAGAUAAAAUCAUAUUUCAACAAAAAAGUUUGUCAUAACAAUAUAUAUGUCAUAUAUUAUCAGCUACAUAACUUUUAUAUUAUGUAUUUGAAUGAUAUUGGUAAGAUUUUUGGAAUGUAAUGUUAAUAGGACGAAUUAAACCCGAUAUAUUAAGUUAAGUUGGAAGUGAUUUCUAUGAUAA